CCCUCACCGAAAUUCCCAAAUUACCCUCCCCCCAACCCUUCCCCAACCCUCUACCCCUUUCCCCUCUAAAUGGGCUCCGCUUCUCCACCAUGCCGUCGCCCUCCGCCACUCUCGCCCUCACCCUCCUCCCGUCUCUCCCAUCUAUUCUUUCCCCUUUCCCCACCCAACACCCUUGCCUCCGCCCGAUCUCCCCCAUAAUCCUCCUUCCUACCCGCCCGUCCCGCUGGAUUCCCUUAUGUCCGACGAAUCCCCCGCCGCGCCUCCCCCUAGUGGCGGAUCGGCGUCCUUGGAGCAGCGGCAACCGGAGCAGGCAGCCCGCAAGCCCCGCUUCCCCAGGGCCUGCACCGCCCGUCCCGCCUCCGCCCCCAAACCGGCGGCCGCCCCCGCCGCCGAGCGCCGGCCGGUCACCCGGCGGGAGAAGGAAGACCAGAAGCAAUGCAACCGGAUCAUCACCCCCCUCGUCAUCCCCACUCCCCCUUCGCAGGCCCCGCGCGGGGAGCUCCGGUCCAUGUGGGAGCUCGCCUCCGUCCUCAAUUUCCUCCAUGUUUUCAGACCGCUUCUGAACAUCGCCGUUGAGUUCUCGGCGGAAGAGCUAGAGACAGCGUUGAUCACGCCCAACAGCACCCUCGAUGACAUACACAUGCCUCUGUUAAAGGCUAUCCCUCCUGUUACCCGUAUGGCUUUGGGGCGUGCAACCUGGGUUACAGUACUGUGUCGGAAGUUAAGAGAUUGGUGGCACUGGGUUGCUGAUGGUGAGAUACCAAUUGUUGCGUCACAUGGGGAGGAGGUUGAAACAUACAAGACUCUUGAUCCUGGGAUCCGUGUGGUGAUUUUGAAGGCGCUAUGCGACAUCCGUGUUGAGCAAGAAGACAUUAGAAAUUAUAUAGAUGGUUCCCUAAAACAUGGCAUUCAGCUUUCAGCAUUUCGCAAGGAACGGAUUGGGGGUGAUUCACAUGGAGUUUCAUACUGGUAUGAAGAUGAUCCUAUUAUUGGUCAUCGAUUGUAUCGUGUAAUUAGACAAGUUGACAUAAAGAAGGCGAAGGGGAAAGGAGUUCCGCCCCUUCCACCUGCAUCUUUCCACUGGGAAACAGUUGCCACCAACUUAGAUGAAUUCCAAGAAGUUUCUGAGAAACUUUUUUCAAGUAAAAAUAGGACCGAGGUCUCACUUGGGAAGAAGUUAAAGUUUGACCUUCUACCGGAGAUUGAGAAAGUUCACAAAAGGAAAGAGAGGCAGUUGAAAAAGCAACAGAGAGAAGCCCUCCUUCUUGAUAGCUUUUUGACCGCAGAUGGGCUUCCCACAGGUCGCUCCCUUCGUGAUAGAAAACCUGUCACCUAUACGUUUGAUGACUAUGACCGGUCAAUUAAUGAGGCUAUAAAAAUAACCAAGAAAAGACAGCCCUCACCUGAGCAUGUUGUUAGAAGAGCAGUCAAUAUGAAGCCUGAGGUAUCUAGUAAUGGCAGACUGAAUGGUCCUUCACAAAUCGAUCAAGCCUCUUAUGAUGCAGAGUCUCCAGAAUCAAAUGAUUAUGAAGAAACAGAUGCAGAGAACCAGGCUGAGCCUCUUGACCGCAGCAAUCGCCGGAGGAAAAGGCCUCAGAGGUAUUCAGAUGACUUUGUGGAAGCUGUCUCAGAUAUUGAUGCAGACUUUGACAGCGAUGAUGACAUUGUAGGAGAAGCAGUAUAUGAUGAGGAAUAUCUUAAAAGCCGGAAGCAGAAGAAGGUGUCAAGUGGUUCAGAAGGGGACGAGGAGUACCAUUGGGAGGAAGAAAAUACAGAAGAAGAUGAGGAAGAAGAGGAAUAUUCUUUGAGUACCAGUGAAGAUUUGGAAGAGCAGAACCGAUAUAAAAAAUUUCCAAGUCGAACUAGGCGGGGAACAAAAUUGAGAUCUGUUGAUGAACUCCAGUCAGGCCUGAGACGUAGCAAGAGGGCCACACGCCCACGUAUUAAUUACCAACAAUAUGAGCUGUCAGAAACAGAUACAGAUUCGGGAAAUCCAGUGAAAUCCAAUGCAUCCGAGGCACAUUCAGAUGCCACUAACGACCUGGAACUUUCGACGGCAAGUCAAGAUUCUCCGGAUGAGGAAGGUCAUGAAGAAAUGACAGAUCAGAAUAUUAAUCAGGAGUAUGUAGAUGCUGUAGACAAAGAGCAGCACCAGUUGGUUAAAAAGACGGAUAGCCCUAAUCAAGAUGGGGAUGGUGUCCAAAGAAGACGAUUCCUAGACCUGAAUGAGCUUGCUCCAGGAACUGGCUUUGAGGAUGGGCCUGGCACUUUAAUGAAAGAUGAAGACAUGGACAACUUUUAAGUACUCAAAGAACGAUCAGUUCCUUUCACAGCUCUCUGGAAGAAACGGUUUGCAAUGUAAUGCAGUAUUCAAAACCGAAGUCUGCAGAGAAUUCUAUAAGUGUGUGCGAUAAUCCUAAUUUUUGUGGCUCAUGAAUGGGUUUCUUUAAGCCACAACAGUGCCAAGAGAUGAAAUGGCAGAUUCAAAUAUUAAGCUGUUCAAGGCUGUUCCUGAGGGGAAGUCUUUAAUGAUGAGAUAGGCGGUCAACUUCUUCAUACUGUCAUCCUGAGUUUUAUUAGUACUUGGUGAUGACUUUGAGGAAAUUCUGUAUUGGUUGUAUCCUGUUCUGCACAUCUGGUGUACAAUACACAAUGCUGGUCUAUAACCAAAUUUGUGGGAUUUCAAUUUGUCACCUUUCCCUUUCACCUGGAGGCAUAACGAUUCAAAUUUAGUUGAAGAUAUAUAUUUCCUUGGAAAAAGAAAGUGGUUCAUCUUGUGAUGAUUUAUGUACUUUAUAUUUAGGCGUCUUUUAGAUUUUUCUGACCACGAGAGGUCUUAGUUCUGCAUGUCCUUUAGUUGAAUGGACCAAGGCAGUUUAUGUGAAUGUGUCAUCUCUCAUUCAUCAAGUACUGGAACACGAGAAGCUGCGGUGAUUUGGACAAUGUGUUUUGGUGGAAAAUAUUUCUUGUCAUUUCUAGUCUUAUUGAAACUUAUGGACUCAUUAGCUAUACGAUCUUUAUGCGACCAGAGUCACUUGUAACUGAUCACAUGAUGGCAAGUUAGAUAUCUGGUUUAUCUCAAA